AUCCACCAUUGCCACCAUCACCUCCGUUCUUUCACCUCGGAUCUUCACCAUCCCCUUGCUGAUCUGGCUUUGUUUUUUUGUUUUGUGUGGGUUUUUUUGAUCUGGUGGCCUUCUUUCUCCUCCGGCGGAUCUGUGGCGGCGCGCGCGAGGGCUGCCAGAUCUGACGCCCACCGCGGCUCUCCUACUGGUUCUGAGGGACUGCCGCCACCUGAUCGGGUUACCGCCUAGGUUUUUGGUGAAAAACCUUUUGAGAAGUAUGGAAAGGACUUCAUUUCAAUGCAUAUCUCAGAUCAGCUUCCUGGCACACACAAGAAGAUGCUUUUAUUCAAGUUUGCCCUCCCUGAUGCUAACCACAUGGCUGAUAUGACUAGGUUGGUGGCUCUUGUGCCCUACUACAUUGAUAUGAUCGGGCGGUAUAAACUCAGUUCACAGGCACAUUCUAAAACAGAUGCAGCUAGGUUGAAGGCUGCUCAAGAGGCAUACAAGGAGCUUCAAAGCACUAGACAAGAAGCUUUGCAGAAAAAGAAGGCUGAGAAGAAAAAGAUGCUGGAGGAGUCUGAGGCCAAGCUCAGUGCAGAAGCCAUUCGCAGGAAAGAAGCAAAAGAUCGUGCUCGUCAAUUGAAGAAGGGUAUGCCGAAAAUAAAGAUGACCCGUGCUCACUAGGUGACCGGAUUUCAGUAGUCAGCAUUCUGAGCUUACUCUUAUCAAUCCUUAAUUUCUUGAAACUGUUGCUGAGUCAUGCAUUUCAUAGGUAAUUUUCUGCGAUCACACUGUAUUUUAGUUGUUCCCAUGGCUUAGAUACUCUCCUACAUAUCUGCAUCUUUGUGGGUUGAGUUUUGACUGUACCAAGAAUUGAUGCUUCACAAACCUCAUAAAUUUACUCCUUUGGAUUGGCAUUUGCAGCCUUAAUUCAAGUAACACUUGCAAUGUCUUGCCAAAAAGCAUUUCUUGUUACUGUUCUUGAAUUCCCUUGUAAUUGACAUUUUAUAAAGAUCAAAGCAUUAU